AAUCAAUCUAAAAUCAAAGAUCUAAUAAAUUGUGAUUAGAAAAAAGGAAGAGAGAGAAAAGCGUCUCAUCAAUAAUGUAUAUAAAUACUCUGUUUUAGGAAAAGAAACUAAAAGGGGCAAAAAUAAGAAGAGGACGAAAAUGAAGAGAAACAGAGCGCUCUCGUGUCUCCUCACGAUGCUCCUAAUCGCCGUCGCAGAUUGCACGGAAGAGACGGUGGUACGGCUAGAAAUGGCGCACCGGGACACUCUCUUUCCGACGCAGUACCAUCGCAUUGAGGACAUUAUCGGCGAGGACAAGAAGCGCCACAGCCUGAUCUCUCAGAAACGGAAAAUCAAAGGAGGAGCGAAAAUAUCUCUGGGAUCGGGCUUCGACUACGGAGCGGCGCAGUAUUUCGCGGAGGUCAGCGUUGGAACGCCGGCGAAGAGGUUCAGGGUUGUGGUGGACACAGGGAGCGAGCUGACGUGGGUGAAUUGCAGGUUCCAUGGGAAAGGAAAGAGCAAAGUCGAGAAUCCUCGAGUGUUCAGUGCAGAGGAAUCGUCGAGUUUUCGAAAAGUUGGUUGCUUGACUCAGACUUGUAAAGUUGAUCUGAUGAAUCUCUUCUCCCUCUCCAAUUGUCCAACCCCUUCGACUCCCUGCUCCUACGAUUACAGAUACGCAGACGGGUCAGCAGCACAAGGCGUGUUCGCAAAGGAGACGUUCACGGUUGAUCUCACAAACGGUCGCAAAGCUAGCCUCCAUGGUCUCCUCAUCGGUUGCAGCAGCUCCAUCAACGGGGACAGCUUCCGUGGAGCCGACGGCGUGCUAGGUUUAGCCUUGAGCGACUACUCCUUCACUUCCAAAGCCACUAAUAUCUUUGGAGGCAAAUUCUCAUACUGCCUCGUUGACCAUAUCUCCCACAAAAACGUCUCCAACUAUCUCACUUUCGGCUCUUCCUUAACCAAUGCCACAGCCUUAAGACGAACCACCCCGCUUGAUCUCAACCUCAUCCCUCCCUUCUACGCAAUCAACAUCGUUGGAAUCUCCCUCGGAUCUAAAAUGUUAGAGAUACCUCCAAAAGUAUGGGACGCUAAAACCGGUGGUGGGACCAUCUUGGACUCAGGGACAAGCCUCACGUUCUUGGCUGAAGAAGCGUACAAGGCAGUGGUUUCAGGGCUCGAGCGUUACCUCGUUGGGUUGAAGAGAGUCAAACCAGAAGGUGUACCGAUAGAGUAUUGUUUUGAUACCAAGUCAGGGUUCAGCGAGAGCAAGCUGCCGCAGUUGACGUUUCAUUUCAAGAGCGGUGCGCGUUUCGAGCCGCACCGUAAAAGCUACCUAGUAGAUGCUGCGCCGGGGGUCAGGUGUUUAGGGUUUGUGUCGGCGGGAACGCCGGCGACUAAUGUCGUCGGGAACAUUAUGCAGCAGAAUUAUUUGUGGGAGUUUGAUCUUGUGGCUUCAACUUUGUCCUUUUCUCCUUCUACCUGCCGUUAGCUGUUUGUUUCUCUUAUAUUUUAAUACUACGAUUAAUUAAUUAUUGGCAAAUUGUUAGUGUGAGUGUACGAAUAAACAAGUUUGUUAUCAAAAUUUGCAAAAUUUGGCAAAUUGUUAAUACACCUCUGUUCUCGUAUUAGAUCGCAUCUACUUACC